UAUCUUUCACAAUUUCAAAACUGAUAGGUGCAAGUGAAAUGAUAGUUGAAAUCGUAAAUUGUAUGUGAAAGAUUCUGUGUCGAUGCGUUUUGUUGAAAACUAACUCUUUUUACUUUCCUCACAUCUUUUCAACCUCAUUGAACGAUUUGCAAAAAUUUCCUUAUCAUCUAUGAAAAAAUGUCUUUAUGAUGGUCAGAAGUUCUUUGCUGUUCAAACUCGUCACCUCGUAGUUAUUUCAUGCUCCCUUUAAAAUCGGAUUCAGAACUGACAAAUUAUGGCUACAGCUGCAGGUUCUCAAGAUAAAACUGUCAAUAAAGUGGCAUUAUGUUCCGCUAUAUUUGCUGGAUUUGCCUACGUUGGAUAUUCUGCGGUCAGAACAGCCUUUGGGAAGAAAGGAAAACGAGAUUCAGAAGGGGAACCAGAACAUCGAUUAUAUUUUCGUAGACUAUCGCAAACUACUCAAACAGAUGUACUGCUUGGAAACUUAGAUAUGUCCGGUUCCGGUAAAGUUAUGCUCAGGUCGUUAACUGUUCAAGAGAGAAUUCGAGAGCUAAACUUACGUGCUAGAAUGUUCACCGAUACUAUGCUCGCUAUACAAGGAUCCAGCAGAUUAUCUCAUCCUCGGCGAGUAGUCGCUAAAAGCUUACAAGGAUCACCUUGGAGUUCACCUCGUAUUUUAAGUCCAGUAGACGUACAACAUAUAAUUAAUAGUAGAUCUAGCGAAAAUCUUCACAUGCUUGAAGCGGAGGUUGAUUUUCAUACAAGUUCUCCGAUGAGACGCAGAUGGGCUAGACGAUCGUUCCGCAAAAAAUCCCCUUCGCCGGCUAAAUCACGAAAUCAUUCCAUAGAGAAUUCAGCUAAACAUGAAGAAGCCGUCAAGGAAGCUGAAAAGUUACUAAAGAAUAACGAAGAUGAGAUGAAAGCUCGAUUAGAAAUGCUAUCGCUUAGGAAUGGUAUGAAAAUAACACGAUUCGAAGCGAAAAGUUUGGUAGCUCUGCUUCACUCAAAAGAUAAUGCCCUGUUAGAACGUACUUUAACCACAAUUGGGAAUCAUGCUACCUUCGAAGAGAAUCAAAAUAUGUUCAGGGAAGCCGGCUGUCUGGUAUUACUAGCGAAAUUAGUUAAUCAUCAUAAGUAUUCGGUUAGAUUGGCCGCAAUAUCCACCUUGAGUAAUAUGGUACUUAAUCGUGAUAACCAAAAGGAAUUAAAGGAUACUAUACCGAAGCUAAUUACUACUCUGAAACAAGAUAAUUUACCCGAUGAUAUGACUAAAAGUAUUCUAUUAGCGUUGAGUAAUUUCGCUGUACUACCCGACUGGCAUAGUGAAUUUUUCCCCGUAUUACACACAGCUUAUCAAAUCGUUGAUAAAGGAAGUCCUGCCAUUAAAUUACAAACCCUUAAAUUAUUAAUUAAUUUAUCCUGUAAUGAAGAUAUGAUACCGAGUUUACUCGCAGCACAAGCACCGCGCAGAUUAAUUUAUUUUCUAGAUGAAUCCGUUAACGAAGAAAUCCUUCUUAGAGUACUUACUCUGUUAGCAAAUCUUACCCAAGCAGCUAAAGCCAUGCAAAUCGACCCUACCAUUGAUUUACCGCCAGAGGAUAAGGCUGCAUCGCCAGACACAAUCAGGUAUGCGGCUGUGUACGGAGUCAACGCCCAAGAUAAAUUACCGUCGAAAUUACUUAGCUUAAUGAAUAAACAUAAAAAUGAAGAUAUAAGAAGUCUGUGCAAGAAAAUACUGGACGCUCUGCCACAGUAAUGCAUUGAUAAUCAAUCAACUUUACAUCUAUUUCCAUAUACGUGUUCAACUAAUUACCUACCUAUUUGAACUACAGGCUGGUCCGCAAAAAAAAAGAGAAAUAAUAUUAACGAGUACCUUCUUACAUUAAAUGAAAUAUUUCAACCGAAUUGUGUUACAUAAAAUUGAGAAUUUAACGUUUUGCGUAUUUGUACCUACGCAAUUUUAUAGAAGUUGGAUGAAUAUAUUGCAUUUUUAAAAUCAUAGAUAUCAUUUUCAUUAGCUUAACAAUCAUGUACCGCAUAUUUCUAUACGUUUUAUGAUUCGUACGAAAGAUCAAAAAAUCUAGUCAUUAUUUAGUUGACGGAGUAUUGUUUUAAAUUACCUAUAUUUUAUACGUGUACACGAAAUGUUUGAAAGCUUCGAUGAAUUUCAAUUCAAAUCAAUCAACGAAUGUGUUAAUGAAAAAUGACGUACGUGUGUUACGUACGUCGGAUUUUUUUUUGUAAAAUUUCAAAACAGCGUUAUGUUAUGCCACGUUAUCGCGUUAUUAUGAAUUUUUAGCGGCCAAUUAUCCGUGUGAUACGAAUCUAAUGUGAUCCGUGCAACAUUCUUUUUAAUUUACUUGUUAAUUGCUACAACAGUUGUUCAAUUGUUUUUAAAUAUAAAGUUUUUGCUUGA